GCUGCACCCACCGUUUAAUUACCAGGUUCAUCAACCCAGUCACUCAUUCACUCAUCCAUUCAUUCACUCACUCCAUCGUAUUACUUUCUUUCUUCCCGAACCCACAGACAAACAUAGAAGCUACCUAUUCUUCUUCCCUUCUUUCAAAAAUGCUCUUCAACCUCAAGCCCACCCUCCUCUUCGCUCUGGCCCUCACCGCAGUCGCCAGCCCGAUCGCCAGCGACACCGACCCACUGGAGGCGCGCGACCUGCUCAGCCUCCUUCCCCGCGCCCAGGUCAAGGACGUGAACUGCGGCGGGGCCAAGUUCACCGCGGCCAACAUCAACGCGGCGAUCAAGCAAUCCAAGGUCGUCGAGACGGCGCGAGCGGCGGGCCAGAAGGGCUAUGGCAAGUACCCGGAGACGUACGGCAACGGCGAGAAGUUCUUCAAAUCCACCAGCCAGCUGUAUGCGUACCCGUUGAUCUCGGGGGUUUAUUCUGGAAAGUCCAAUGCCGGUGAACCUGGCAAGUAUCGGGCUAUCAUGAAUGAGAAAUACACGUACAUGGGGUCGGUGUAUCAUCCCCCGGGGACGGGGAAUGGCUAUAACCUGUGCGUCAAUGAUGAGGCGGCGGCGACAACCACCACCACUACCACCACCACUACUACUACCACCACUACUACUACCACCACUACGACAACGAAGGCGGCGAAGACAAAGAACUGACGAGGUGGGGAGAUGUACUACUAGUAUGGGUGAGAGGCUAUCAGGGGACGACGGUUGGCGAGAGAUCUUGUUAGGGGUAGAACUAGUUGGGGUCAGGAUAUGGC